AUGAAUUUGGGAGUGAUGAUUUACACCUUGGUUGAAGUGCUUAUUGCGGUUAGUUGCUGUCUGGGUAACAUGCUGGUCAUUUUGGCACUUUGGACCACUAAAAGCAUUCAACAGCCAACAUUCUGCCUUAUUGCAUCUCUGGCUAUGGCUGAUUUUCUGGUUGGAUGUGUGGCCAUACCAUUGGCUGUAGUGGUGGAUGGACGGGUGAAGACUUCGUUCAAUACGUGUCUCUUCAUCAGCUGUGUGGUCAUCCUGUUCACCCUCGUUUCAGUUCUGUCUCUGUUGGCUAUUUCGCUUGACCGUUUCCUCCGGGUGUAUAUCCCUCUCAGGUACAAAAGGAUUGCGACACAGGGACACUCCUGUCUUGUGGUGGCAGCAUGUUGGAUUGUUGCAAUCCCUCUCAGCUUUACUCCCAUGCUUGGGUGGUACAACCAUCAAACCUUGUCUAAUUCAGCCAAUUCUACAAUUGUCUGCCAGUUUAUAGCUGUAAUUCCCAUGUCAUACCUGGUUUAUUUCAGUUUUUUUUCCCUGAAUCUGAUACCUCUGUUGGUAAUGGCCACGCUGUAUACCCAUGUUUUCUGUAUUAUAAAAGGACACCUUCGAGAGAAACCAGGCAGUGGUGCUCAAAAACUGUCUCAGAACUACCUAAGAAAAGAGAAAAAGCUGGCAGGAUCACUAGCUCUGGUCUUCGCCCUGUUUGUCCUGUGUUGGCUGCCGCUUCACAUAAUGAACUGCCUUGUUUAUUUUGGUGAGGUGACAAAUAUACCACCAAUAGUUUUAUAUAUAGGUAUUAUUCUGUCUCAUGCUAACUCAGCGGUCAAUCCAGUUGUGUAUGCAUUCAAAAUACAAAAAAUCAAGAGAGCUUAUCUGAAGAUCUGGAGAAAGUGUGUUUCACGUGUUGCUGAAAAUCAAGAAUCCCAGACAAGCCAAAUGACAGACAAAAGAUCCAGCAGUCACAUUGUGUCAAAUGACUGA